CUCUGAUGUAGAAGAUGCAAUAUUUCAGAAAGAAAGGUCUGAAGAUACUGGGGUGGGAACUGGCCAAGAGUGGUUGAAGUGAUACCAGAAGAACCAGGAAUGCUCAGCACCUAGAGAUGUUGCAGAUUCAUAUGGAUCCUUCUACUCCAUUGGUAUAAGGUGAACGUCCUUAGCAAAGAAAAGCAGUCCAUGAGAAUUGUCCUGGAGAAAGUCUUAGCUGGGAGAAGACUUCAAAGGUCCUGUAGCCAUUUCCACGAGCGCUCGAGGCAGCAAGAGAAGCUGCCUUCCACGGAAGGAAAAUGAUCACCCGCUCUAAAAUGUCUAAGAACAAGAAUGAUGGGCCUGUGAGGAAAUCAGAACGCCUCAUGAAGAAGCAGCAGCAGCAGCAGCAGCAGCAGCAGCAGCAGCAGGUUGCUGAGGAGCUGGAGAUCAAACAGGAGCAUGAGAUGACAGCUGAGGGCAAGGGAAGAGGCCAGAAGAAGACUGCACAGGUGGCAAAAGGAAAUCGCAGAGCUACAGCUGGCUCUGGGAGCCAAACCAACCCCCAAGAUCAGAUUAGCACUGGAGGCACCACCAAAGGCAAAGCUGGCCCCCGAGGCUCCACAGGCCGCCGAGGCCCUGCCAGGUCCUGUGGCGGAGCCGGUCCCCGUGGCCGAGCUGGUCCCCGUAGCCAAGCUCGCUCCUCAGGCCUUGUUGGCUCCUGUGGCCAAGCUGGGGCCUGUGACCAAGCUGGCCCCUACUCAGGUCAACCACCUGUGAAGCUCCCAAGUGGCAAGAAAGGCAUGAAGAAGUAUGACGAGAGAGGCAGGCUGACUCAGAAUGUAGAAGACCUUUGUGACUGCCUGGAGAGAGAGUGCCUGGGCUGUUUCUACCCAUGCCCUGAGUGCCAGUCUACCAAGUGUGGGCCCACCUGCCGCCGCAACCGAGGCUGGAUCUACGAGGCUAUUGCCAAUGAGGGUGGAGAAGUGGUCAGCACAUUCCUGCGAAGGCAUGGGCGUGGGCAUGGGCCUAGCCUUACUGGUUCCUCUGAUGAAGCUCUCCCUGGUGGCCUAGUCGGUACUCGCAGCCAACCACACCCUCAAUUCCAAGCUGGCCUCUGUGACCAAGGCAGCACCUAUGCCCAAGCCGGGCACUCUGCCCAAGCCGGGCCCUAUGCUGAAGCUGGGCCCCAUGACCAAGCUGGGGCCCACGCCCAAGCCGAGGCCUAUGAAGAAGCUGGCCCCCACUCAUCUCAAGUACAUGUGAAGCUCCCACGCGGCAAGAAAGGCAUGAAAAAAUAUGACGAGAAAGGCCAGCUGACCCUGAAUGGAGAAGACCUCUGUGACUGCCUGGAGAGAGAGUGCGUGGGCUGCUUCUACCCAUGCCCCCAGUGCCAGUCCACCAAGUGUGGGCCCACCUGCCGCCGCAACCGCAAGUGGAUCUAUGAGGCCAUUACCAAUGAGGGCGGAGAAGUGGUCAGCACCUUCCCGUUUCCCCAUGCUAAGUAUUAAAGAAGUCAGGAGUCUCCUGCAGCUCUCCUCAGAGUCUCCCUUAUGCAGCUUAUAAAAUGGAAAAAAUAUAUUCAGAGAUAUACAUAUAUAUUUCAGAUAGUUAUGAGAUUCCAGAAGAGAAGAAUAUAUAUUGUUAAAGUGACAGCAGAU